UUUAUCAAUGUCGUGUACUAUAUAAUAAGUAGCAAUGUGGACUACUAAAACUUUUUUGACUAAAACAAAACGCGGUAAUGUUUUAAAGAUUGUAAGAGAACAUUAUUUACGUGACGAUUUACUGUGUGGUUCAGCUGCUUGUAAUGUAUGUCCGCAUAAGGAUGAUGAACUUGUACUGGAAGCUAAUCCAGAGUCAAUCUGUGGAUUAUUUGACUACAGUCAUUACCUAGUUCUCGACACGAACGUAGUUCUGCACCAGAUCGACGUUCUAGAAGAAGACGCUUUAAAAAACGUUAUUAUCUUACAAACGGUCUUAGAAGAAGUUAAACAUCAGAACACUGCCAUUUUUCAAAGAUUGUUGGAAAUAAUUGGAAAUAAGAAGAGAAAAUUUUAUUCUUUUGUUAAUGAACACCAUAAAGACACAUACAUUGAACGUAAUCCGGGAGAGAAACCAAAUGACCGUAAUGAUCGAGCAAUCCGUAGAGCUGCCUCUUGGUAUGCCUCACACUUAUCCAUUAAAAAUAUGGCUGGACAGUUUCCUCAAAUUGUCUUGAUAAGUGAUGAUGAAAAUAAUAGAAAACUUGCCCACGAAGAAGGAAUUGUUGCUUGUUCUGUUAAGGAUUACAUAGAAAACGUAAAUGGAUAUGCAGGUCUUGUGGACAAAUUAUCCAAAAAUGUGAUACCAGAGAGUGUUUCUAAGGAUGCACUGUAUCCUGCACAUUUAACUCCCACUCAAAUACACACUGGUAUUAGAAGUGGAAAGCUACAUCAAGGUACUUUUCAUGCAUCGAGAGAUAAUUUCCUAGAAGGGAAUGUUACGGUCAAUGGCUUUGAAAAAUCUAUAUUACUGCAAGGUCAUACAGGUAUAAACAGAGCAAUCGAUGGAGACAUUGUGGCAAUAGAAAUAUUUCCUCAGGAAGAAUGGAGACAGCCAAGUGAUAUUGUUCUAGAAGAUAAAGCAGAGGAUCCUGGCGACUUUUUAGAAGAAGAGUCUCAAUUGCUUAAUACAAAAAAAGCUGUAGCCGAUGAUGAUGUUUGUCCUACUGGGAAGGUUGUUGGCAUUAUAAGAAGGAAAUGGCGUCAAUAUUGCGGUAUUUUAGUGCCGAGCAAGUUUCCAGGAGCAACGCGUCACUUAUUUACUCCAGCUGAGAAGAGGAUACCGCGCGUGCGGAUCGAGACAAGACAGAGCGACAUUUUGGUCUCACAACGUAUCCUCGUAGCAUUGGAUUCUUGGCCAAGGAACAGUCGAUAUCCUUUGGGACAUUUCGUGAGAUCCCUUGGACCUAUUGGUGAUAAGGAUGCAGAAAACGAAGUAAUAUUAUUGGAGCAUGAUGUGCCGCAUGCGAGAUUCAGUGAGGCUGUGCUUGCUUGCUUGCCACCUGAUAACUGGACUAUUCCUGAGGAGGAGAUAAAGAAGCGCGUGGACCUGCGCUCGGUGUGCGUGUGCUCGGUGGACCCGCCCGGCUGCACGGACAUCGACGACGCGCUGCACGCGCGCCGCGCGCCCGCCGCGCCGCACUACGAGGUCGGCGUGCACAUCGCUGACGUCACGCACUUCGUGAGGCCCGACACCGCGCUGGACCGCGAGGCCGCCGCGCGCUCCACCACCGUGUACCUCGUGGACAGAAGGAUCGACAUGGUUCCCGAUCUCUUAAGUUCAAACUUGUGUUCAUUAAGAGGUGGAGAAGAGAGAUUGGCAUUUUCAUGUGUUUGGGAAAUGGACGAAAAUGCUAACAUUUUAUCUACGAAGUUCCACAAAAGCGUCAUAAAGUCUCGAGCUGCUAUGACGUAUGAAGAAGCACAAAUAGCGAUAGACACGACUUCUCGUAACGAUGACAUAGCUACGUCGCUACGAACUUUAAACAUGUUGGCGAAAAAACUGAAACAAAGGAGGCUCGAUAAUGGCGCACUAUUGCUGGCAUCGCCUGAAAUUCGUUUCCAAGUGGAUUCGGAAACUCAUGAGCCUCUAGAGGUGCAGGCGAAGAGGAUAAUGGACACCAACUCGAUGGUUGAGGAGUUCAUGUUGCUCGCUAAUGUGAGCGUAGCAGAGCGUGUCGCGACAGACUUCCCACAGAGUGCUCUACUGAGACGACACCCCGCACCACCGCCUGCCAACUUCAAUACCUUCCUCAAGGCUGCCCGUCGACAGGGCUUCGAACUAGACGUAUCAACUAACAAAUCAUUCUCGAAAUCUCUGAAUGAAGCUGUUAUACCUGAGCGGCCGUUUUUCAAUACAUUGCUACGUAUAAUGGCAACUCGGUGCAUGCAACAGGCCGUUUACUUCUCGAGCGGAUCGAAAACCCAAGAAGAGUAUUACCAUUACGGUCUCGCUUGUCCCAUAUAUACGCAUUUUACGUCACCGAUAAGAAGGUACGCGGACGUGAUCGUGCACCGGCUGCUGGCGAGCGCGCUGGGCGCGGACACGACGCACGCCGCGCUGCUGGACACGCGCGCCGCGCAGGCGCUGUGCGACAACCUCAACUACCGGCACCGCCAGGCGCAGCUCGCCGGCCGCGCCUCCGUCGCGCUCAACACGCACAUUUUGUUUAAGAAUCGUGAAGAAAUCCAAUCAGCUGUCGUUCUGGCUGUAAAACGAAAUGCUCUCCAAGUUUUAAUUCCGAAAUAUGGGCUCGAAGGUCCUCUAUACUUGCCCUCUGACAAGUUCUUGUAUAAUGAAGAGGAAAAUAUCCAAAUAUGUAAUGACGUCGUAUUCAAGACGUUUGACGAAUUAACAGUCAGACUCACUCUUGAUAGUACAAACUUGCAACAUAGAAAAUUAGUUUUUCAACUGGUAACACCGUUCAUACCAGGCGUCAGCUACGUGCAAGAAAAAACCGAUGAUGACAAAAUGGAGGUCGAAAUCGUCGAAUCAAAAACAAAUGAAAAAAAAAGGAAAGAAGUGGCUGAACCUAAAAAGAAAAAAAAGUCUAAAAAGUAGACAAUACUUUAACUUUUAAGUAUAAGAAUAAGUAAUAAAGUACAUCAAAAAUUUUAAAAUAUAUUUUUUUCUAAAU